AAAUCUCCUGGUUUUCUGCAGGUGUAGCAAAGGUUGGAGACUAUUCGCUUUCACCUUACUAUGAUCGUAAAGAUGAGCCACUUACUGCUGUUGACUUUGUGGAUCAGCUGUCCGGAGAGCAAAAAUCCUUGAAGGAGAAGGAGAAGGGUUCUUGGGUUUCUCUUUCCAGUGAUGAGAAGUUGAAGUUAUAUCGCAUACGCUUUCACCAGAGCUUUGCGGAAAUGAACAAGGGUUCAAAUGAAUGGAAAACCGUUCUUGGUGGAACAUUGAUUGCGGUAGGCUUUGCUGGACUGUAUUUCGCCUGGCAGAGACGAUUCGUGUAUGGGGAUGUUCCUCACACUUUUUCUAAUGAAUGGAAGGCUAAGCAGACCAAGAGAAUGUUGGACAUGAGAAUAAACCCAAUUCAAGGCUUUGCUUCACAAUGGGAUUAUGAAAACAACAAAUGGAAGAAAUGAAUAUGCACUGGAAAUCUUUACCUAUCCUUGUUUAAUGUUUCAAAUGUGAGCUUGUGUGUUCAGGAAGUUCACUUAACAGUCUGGAGUUAAACUAUAAAAAUUUGAUAAUAAACUUGACUGGUUCACAUGA